AUGAUCACCGCGACAGUUUCUCAAGAGGUAGAUGCUAAGUUUAAGGAGCCGAGUGUUGUUAGGUCUCAAACUCAUUCAAGAACCCAUUCUCAGCCACAUACUCAUAAGAAAAGUGAGUCUCAACACUCAUCUAAUCAGGGCAGUGAACCCAAGAGGCAGGUAGUCCUCGAGCCGACUCCUAGGUACACCAAGGGUUGUACCUACAAGUACUUUAUCUCCUGUAAGCCGAGAGACUUUACAGGGGAAAAUGGGGCGAUUGAUUGUAUGAAAUGGUUAGACGAGAUGGAGACUGUGAUAGACAUCAGCGGAUGCGCUAAGGAGGAUGUGGUUAUGUUUGUAUCACAAUCUUUUAAGGGCGAUGCCCUCACAUGGUGGAAAGCUCUAGUGCAGUCCACUGGGAAGGUUCAUUUGUACAAUCUCUCUUGGGAGAAGUUUGUUGAUCUGGUGAAGGACACUUACUGUCCUCAACCUGAGGUAGAGAGGAUAGAGACUGAUUUCCUCACCUUAGUGAUGAAGGAUCUGGAUUGUAGAUCCUAUGUGACUAGCUUUAAUUCUAUGUCGAGGCUGGUGCCAUAUCUAGUCACUCCUGAGCCCAAACGCAUUGCGCAUUUCAUUGGUGGUCUGGCCCCUGAAGUAAAGGGGAAUGUUAAGGCCUCUAAGCCAGCCACUUAUAGAUCCGCUGUGGAUCUAUCAUUAUCCCUUACUUUGGAUGUUGUGAGGAAUAGGGCGAAGAAGAGUACCGAUGAAGGAAAGAGGAAAAGAGAGGAUAACCAGUCUCCUCAAUCGAACAGAAAGGGCAAGGGGAACUCUGGUUCCAAAAAGGGGCAGUCGAACGAUAAGCCCAGGUACAAGACAUGUCAUAAGAGGCACUUUGGGAAGUGA